GGGUUACAGCACAUUGGACUGAUAGCGAAACGCUCAACCGAGUGAGCGCAGCUCUUGCAUGCCAUCGUCUAAAAGGCAGGCACACCUACGAUGUUCUAGCGGCAAAACUUGAAGAAAUCCAUACUGAGUAUGAAAUUGUCUCAAAGAUUGUCAAGACCACAACUGACAAUGGGUCGAACUUUGUAAAGGCAUUUUCUGUCUUUGCUGUUAAUUCAGAACAACCAGAAGAACCGGAGGAGACCGAGGGAGAUGAAUCCACCUUUCAUGAUGUUUAUGGCGACCUAACUGAAGCAGCUGAAAGCUUCGAGUAUCAGCUUCCCCCUCAUCAACGCUGUGCUGCCCACACCCUUAAUCUCAUAUCGACAGUGGAUGCAGAGAAGGCUGAGAAAGAUCCUACUUACAAACGGUUAACAAGGGGAACUUUUGCAAAAUGCCAGGCUCUUUGGAACAAAGCAUCUCGGUCAACUCAAGCUGCUGAAGUUGUCCAAGGAGAGUGCAGUUUCGUUCUACUGAAGCCCAAUGCAACACGCUGGAAUUCCGUCUUCAUGGCUGUUGAACGACUAAACCACAUUGUCAAGACAAAGGGUGAAAAUGCCAUUCACAAACUCUAUGCUGAGUUUAAUGUUUCAAAGUAAGUACGACGUAAGAACUUCUUAAGAUGAUGUUAUACAGAUUUCUACUAACUAUUUUAAUGCAACAUGUUGCUGCAGAUAAUUUCAUGCAACAUGUUUUUCCAUUUAAAGGUUUAACACCAUCCCACUAAGACAUUUCUAAAUAAUACUGAAAAAUGAAAAUUAAAGCAAGAAUAAUUAUUUCAUAUAAUAACUGUUCUAAUCUUUUUCAUUUCUCAGUACUAUUUAUUUGUACAUUAAAUGUGUGUUAAAAUUUCAGUUUUUGUUUUCAGACUGAAACCAGGUGAGAUUCAAUUCUUGAAAGAUUAUGCCCAAGUCAUGAAGCCCAUGGCACAAGCGUUAAACAUAUUGCAAGGAGAAUGCAAUCACUCGAAUGCCUACAUGGGAUACCUUGCACCUACCAUCGCUUUGCUGAAAGAGAAACUUCAGAAGAAGAAUGGAAUUGCGACUGUAAAACCUCUAGUGACGGCCCUGUUGGAUGGUAUUGACAAGCGAUUCGAUUAUAUUUUUGAUGACGAAAAGAUAAUUGCUGCGGCAUUGCUUCAUCCAAAGUUUAAAGAUAACUGGACAAACGAUGAAGAUAUGCUCAAGAAAGGUAUAGACAGCUUUGGCUAUCUGACACAAUCAAUCAGGGUUCAAACUAUAUUUGAAAAAAAUGUGGUUGAAUAACAGGGUAUUUUCUUCUUUCUUUUAUCUAUUCAACUAUAAAAUUGUUUUUAUUCUUUAUUUAUUGCAGGUAUGGACUUCAUCAAUGAUCGACUUGAAAGUGACACAGGUGUCGGAGCGUUACGAGAAGCUGAAACGUCGAUUUCCUCUGUAGAAGAUGAUGAGAAUAAUUUUUUCUUUACUAAAACGAAGACAAGUGCAUCUGAGCUGCAGUUAUUUCUGGAAAGCCACACGGAAGAGUUAUCUGUAUAUGCAAGUUGGCCGAAGCUGCACCAGCUUUUCAUUGAACUGAACACACCGGUGCCUGCAAGCGCAGCUUGUGAAAGAUUGUUCAGCUGUGCAGGACUAAUUUUUAGACCACAUCGUUCCUCAAUGACAGAUCGUAAUUUUGAAAAUUCUCUUCUGGUCAAAUUAAAUAAAAAUUUUGUCUAA